CGAAAAUGCGACGCGCGAGAAACGAGAAAUGGCGCUGCUGCUGUCGAAUCAGCGCUGUGGUGGCAACUCAGAGAACUUCAAAUCUGCCAAGUCUCUCAAGGCGUGGGGCUGAUAGCUUGGCUGAUAGUAAACAAACACAUCUUCCCACGAAAUCUCAAUUCCGAUCGCAAAAAAUGGGUGCGCAGUUGAAUCUUGGAGUUCGUUCGAACUCAGGCACCUUUUCGACGAUAAAGCUGAGUGAUGUCGAUCUUAAAACCAGGGUGGAAGACUUGAGAAUCAGCACUGCGGAGAGGAUUGAGCUCCCGAAAGACUCGUUUGAACUCAUCCACUGUGGAUGCAUACUGGAGGAUGACGCUUCACUGGAGUCCUGCGGUCUCAAGGACGGCUCGAUGAUCCACGUCCUGAAGAAGAAGGAGGCAGAGAAACCAGUUCCAGCGAAGCCCAUCACCGAGGGCAGCAUCUUGCAGAUUGCCAACGCCUUCAAGGCUUUCAAUGAAAACCCAACUUUGAGAAAUGCUCUGCAUCGACUGAGCAAACGUCCAGAGGUCAUUGAGAACAUCAUUUUAACAACUCCUGGACUCGUCGAUGAUUCAGUUGCUAUUGCCAUGUUGCAGGAUCCAGAUUUAAUGGCUCAUUUCAAUGAUACUGAUACUGUUCGAAGAGCAGCAGAGCUCCACCCAGUGCUGGCAGAAGCAGCUCUGUCGAUCGUGGCAGCAGUGCACGAGGAGUCCCACCGUUCAGCGACCUCAGGGACAGGUCCCUCGACCUUGAACGCCCCCACCGCCGCCUACUCCUACAGCCUGGACAACCUCAGCGACGACGAGGAGAUGGCAGGUGACUCCUCCCAAUCGUCGGACUCGACCACAGCGAUAACAGCAGCGCAAUUGGCAGCAGCUCUCUCACGUGCCAAUCCCAGGGCGGCAUUUCCCCUGUCCCACUCGUCCUCCUCGACGUCAGCUGGCAGCAAUUCAGGCCUCAUCACCACUGAGAUGUUCUCCCAGGCGAUGCAGCAGGCCUUCGCAUCAGCCCCCAGUGGGGCCACCUCGAUGGCCCCUCCUGCCCCUGCGAUCCCACCCCUUUUACCUCAGAGUGGAGAUCUCCAGAGACAACUCGCCCAAAUGCACGAGAUCGGACUCCAGGAUGAUGCAACCAACGUCAUGGCACUGCAGUUCACCAACGGCGACGUUCAAGCUGCCAUCGAACUCGUGUUCAGUGGGUUCAGUGAUAACUAGUGAGAGCUUUCAUCGUGUUUGUUAUCUGAAGGAUUUUUACUACGAGAACUUAAUGAGAGAGCUGUUGUAUUUAUGGAGUUCAGUAAUAGUGUUUUGGUUAUAAAAUCAUUAAAGUCAUUGAAGACAUUGGAA